AUGGGUAUCGAGUCUCUGGCUCCCCUCGCUCCGGCGAAGGUGAGGGCGCUGGUCCUCCCCGCGGGACGCAUACACAAGGAUCGAUUUGCCGUCUUCCUCGAACGUCUCAACGAACAACAUGUGGUCCACCUGCGAGACAUCAGUCCUGAUAGCCGACCGAACCGAACCAUGUUCUCGCCCCUGGGAUUCCCAGCUGGUGCUAUGAUGUACGAUCUCGUGACCCACGUACCACCGCCGUCACAUGUCGCGCUCUCUCCUUUCGACUUUUACCGAGAACCGCUCGCAGUAAUUGCUGUUGCAGAUGGCAAGGAGCUGCAGAGUUCGGCGUUCAACAAGCGCCAGUCGGCCAAUGGCCACGCUCCGACAAUGGCGGAACGAAAUAUUAGAGCCCUGUACCAGGAACUGGAGAGUCUUCGCGACAGCUUUCCGAAAGUUCUUACGCACCACAUUCUCAUCUUCGACUUUGAGCAUCCAGAGGGGCAAGAGAUACCAAUCCCCGAAGGUAUAAAAGUCAUACCACCUAUUGACACGGCGCCGACAACUGCCAUGAAAACGGUCAUGUGCGAUAUGUCCUCGUUAAUUCUCGCCGAGAUGACAACUCUCGCGAAAUCGUUUGAAGCAAUGACAACAGUAGACUCGCCCGGUCAAGCACCAUCUCGUCCAGGGCUGAAUGGCUCUUCGCUGGCUUCGGAAGAUGCGAGCAUGGCUGCACGGCGCAACUCGCAAUUUGCGCUCCCUACAAGUGGGCUGUCAAAUCCCCCGACAACAUUCGACGAGCUUGCCAGCUCGGCCACAAACGAGGGAGCUGCCUCGGCCCCGGGCUCUAGACCGUCCUCUACUAUAGGCAUUCCAGAAGAGCCGAGAUCGCAUAGUAGCCAAGACAAAGUCUCCGUACAAGGGUUUGGACCAGGAGGUCUCAAUGAGAGAUGGAGGGCCAAGGGUCGGGGGCGAAUCACGAUCCUCGUCGGCUCGCUCUACCUGCAGGCAGGCCGCUGGACGGAUGCCCUGAAAGAGCUUGCCGAGGGUGCGACCGUGGCUAAGGCAAUGAACGAUCAUUUGUGGCACGGGAAAGCUCUAGAUCUGAUCGUGGUGUGCCUCAUGCUUCUCGGGUGGGCAAAUAUCGAGUUUCAGGUGCCAUCAGUCUGUCUGAAUCCCAACGAAAAAUCACUGAGCAACGUAGCGAAAGGCCUACUUCCCGAAGGCGAAGAUGCAAGUCAGCCCAGGCAUCUGAGAAACUUUCAGGUGAUCCUCCCAGAUUUGCUUGAGAGGAUCAUCGGCCAUUAUUCGCGAGUCACGGGCGAGCAGCUGCCACCCCUGCCAGUCUCGGAGACCAUAAUCCGAUAUUCUCAUAUCCUGACCACACUGCACCUUUAUCAUGGACGAUUUGACACCAACACCUUCGAGGAUAUUGUCUUCGGCAGUCCUGCCGCCAUGCGACUCACAACAUCGCCACGCCUAUCGAUCACGCCAUCUCGAGCAUUCAUCACGAACUUUCUUUUCAAAGCCUUCCCUUCAUCCGCGCCUGAGCUUCUGACCAAUGUGGACCGCGCCAUAAUUUUGAGUGGCAUUGCUUCGAUAUUGGGCAUGCUGGGCUUUCAGCGGAAGAAGGCGAUGGUCUUGCGAGAGCUUGUUUCAGUCCUGAUCGGCGGUUUGAUUGAGGCUCGGACUCGGGGUGCUGCCGAUGUCGGUAUACAUCCGGCUGCGGGACUGGCCGCCCUGAAUGCUGUAAGUGGUCACGGGAAUGGCUCGGCUGCACUCGACCUAGGCGAGGGGGACAUUGAACACGGCAUCGAUGCAUUCCUCGGCAUCCUGUGCAAGAUAUAUGGUGUGGUGGAAUUCGACCCCACUGGGGACAUGUCCACGAAGGAGGGCGAUUUGAAAGACUCCGAUGACCAGAUUCGAAAGAGAAUCGAGAGUCAAGCUGCCUCACGGAGCUUCGGUUUCCAGCAUGUGAAACUGAACAUCCUGAGAGCUUGUAUCAACUUUUCGGAAGCUUUGCCAGAUUUUGACGGCGUCCUUCGAUACUCGAGCGACCUGCUCCGUACUGCGGGCAGCGGGAUUGCUCCAGGGCCCCGCCAGGAGGAUGCUGCCCCGAUGAUCACCAGAGACGAGCAGACUCGCCUCGUUAUGAACAUCACGAAGACAGCAGAUCUCUCGCAGCGGCUAGGUCUGGGCCACCUCGCCGCAGAAUACUGGGACGAGUUCUUAAUACGGGGCAUAACCAUGGACCCUUUACCGCCUGCAAAGAUUCCCAUCCCCCACUCGAAAUCCGUCUUACCCGGAGUGGCGAUGGCUCGGACCUCGCAAGAUGUCAAUCCCUUCAUCUACAACCCCUUUUUGCGAGCCUCGGACAAGGCUGCAGAUGCCAGAACUCUGGUCGCGAACGAGCCCGCCACUUUCCGAGUCACGAUUCAGAAUCCUUACGAGGUCGAUCUCGAAAUAGUCAGCAUCAAGCUCGACACACAAGGGGCCGACUUCGAGUCGAAUACAACUAGCACGGUAGUCGGGCCAUAUCGCACGCAAAUCCUGAAACUCAUUGGCACUCCCAAGGCUGCUGGUGCUAUCACGGUAGUUGGCGCCAUUGUGCAGAUUCGCGGCUGUCGGGAGAGGCGAUUCUCGAUAUUCUCAAAUCCAUGGGCACCCAACACGGAGAUCAAGAUCAAAGGCAUCGGCCUGUCGGCUCUGGAACAGUCCAAGUCCCUGCCUGCACCUGGGCCACCACUCAAAUGCGACAGCGUCGGCUUCACGGCAGUGGCAGCACAACCUGUGAUUGCGGUGAAGUCCACAUCUUUGUCGCAAUCUGCACUUAUGAUCUUGGAAGGCGAGCGCAAAGUCUUUACGAUCACGCUGCAGAAUCUCUCCGACACAACGCCGGCCGACUUGCUGCUCUUCUCCUUCCAAGACUCGACGCAAGCUCCUCUCCAAUCUGCCAUGGGAAAGCGAGAUGCCACAGCCGCAGAGCUGUACGAGUACGAACUUGUUCUGUCUCGGAAGCAGGCCAUAAGGUUGCGCAAACUCGAGGACUCGAAGCGAUUUAUUGCGCCUGGGGGCUUGUCGACUUUCGAGUUUGAGAUACUGGGCAAGCCGGGACUCACAACCGCGGUUGUACAGAUCGACUACGCAUAUCUCGGCGUACCACAGGAGGAGGUGACCGAGCAGUUUCACACGCGUCAGGUCUGUGUUGAUCUGACAGUCACGGUCAAUGCCAGUGUCGAACUGGCACGAUUGGACAUCUUGCCCAUACAAGGAAGUAUUGUGAUGCCUGCCCCGAAGUCGCCAAAUUCUGCUGCAGCUAGCAUACAGACCCUGUCUGGUGAAAAGAACUGCUUGCUUAUGCUCGAUUUCCGCAACGCCUGGCCAAGCGACGUCGAGGUUCAAUUGGACUCUGAUGAUGAAGGCACUCUUCUGACAGAGCGGGUCCUUCCUGGUAACACCAACCGAGUCAUCCUCCCGAUACCGCGGGUCUACAUUGAUGACCCUCAUGCCCCCAUACCAGCACUGAACCCGUCGCGCCAGCGACAGUUCGUCGUCAGCACGAGCAAGAUUACACCAGAGACAGAGCGCGCUAAUCGCGAGGCAUUCUGGUUCCGGGAGAAGAUCCUCCAGGGUCUGCGGGGUACGUGGAAGACCAUGUCUGGGGCGUCGAGGUCGGGAGUCAUCGAGCUGCGCGGGUUGCGUCUCGCUCCGAGGAUGAUCGACGUUGUCAAGAUUGACGAAGUCGGCAUUGACAUCUUCGUUGAGAAACUUGGCCAGCCUGACUCUUCGACUGCAUCGUCGCCACGUCAUCAAGCAAGCCGAGUCCUCGUAGACGACUUCCUUCAGGUCCGGGUCCGUGUGAGCAACCGCUCCAGCAAGCCGGUCUACCCCCUCGUCCGACUGUUGCCUUCACUGCGCAACCGCCCCGCGAACGUGGCUCUGGACUUCACGCGCAAGUUCGCAUGGAACGGCACCCUGCAGCAGGCUCUACCCGUGCUCGAGGGCAACACGAGCACAGAGCUAGUCAUCGGUGCGACGGCGCUGUGCAGGGGCGAGUUUGAGAUCGCGGCUUCUGUGGAGGAGACACAGCUCUGGGUCGAGGCAGAAGAAGGUGCGGGUUCUGCCACGCAGAAGCCUACUACGGACUCAUCCUCUGGCACAGGCGGAGCUGCUGCAACCGCUGCAGCGACGGUCACUACCAGGCCUCGGUCCGGCACAGAUCUUGUCAUGGCAAAUAUGCUUGGAGCGCAGGAGCGGCGGAUCUGGCACACGAGGCAGCCAUGUCUAGUCACGGUCUGCGAUGACUGA